GUGCAGAACAUCUCCCAGUCGAUGGAGGUGCUGGAUCUCCGGACCUACCGGGACCUCCAGUACGUGCGCAACACCGAGUCGCUGAUGAAGGGCUUGGACUCCAGGCUGAAGGUGGCUGCUGAGAGCCAGAAGAGCCUCAACACCAAGAGCUUCCAGGCACUCAAGGACAAGAUGACGGAGCUGCUGCCGCUGAUGCCCGUCCUGGAUCAGUACAAGUCGGACACGAGGCUGAUUGUGCACCUCAAGGAGGAGGUGAGGAACCUCUCCGGGAAUCUGCUGGCCAUCCAGGAGGAGAUGGGUGCCUACGACUAUGAGGAGCUGCAGCAGCGGGUGCUGAUGCUGGAGGCACGGCUGCACGCCUGCAUGCAAAAACUGGGCUGCGGGAAGCUGACGGGUGUCAGCAACCCCAUCACCAUCCGAGCAUCGGGCUCCCGCUUCGGGUCGUGGAUGACCGACACGAUGACUCCCAGCGCUGACAGCCGGGUGUGGUACAUGGAUGGAUACUACAAGGGCCGCCGCGUCUUGGAGUUCCGGACCUUGAACGACUUUGUGACGGGGCAGAACUUCGUGCAACAUCUCCUGCCGCAUCCCUGGGCCGGCACCGGCCACGUGGUCUUCAACGGGUCCCUCUACUACAACAAAUACCAGAGUAACAUCGCGGUGAAGUACCACUUCCGCUCCCGCAGCGUGCUGGUACAGCGCAGCCUCGCCGGCGCCGGCUACAACAACACCUUCCCUUACUCGUGGGGCGGUUUCUCCGACAUCGACUUCAUGGUGGAUGAGAGUGGGCUGUGGGCUGUCUACACCACCAACCAAAACGCCGGCAACAUCGUGGUGAGCCGGGUGGAUCCCCAGACGCUGGAGGUCCUGCGUAGCUGGGACACGGGUUACCCCAAACGAAGCGCCGGGGAGUCCUUCAUGAUCUGCGGCACGCUCUACCUCGCCGGCUCCAAGAUUUAUUUUGCCUACUCCAAAAACACUUCCAGCUACGAAUACACGGAUAUUCCCUUCCACAACCAGUAUUCCCACAUAUCCAUGCUGGACUACAACCCGCGGGAGAGGGUGCUCUACACCUGGAACAACGGGCCCCCCCCCCCCUGCCCCCCCCCAGCGCUGGACUCCUCUGCUCUCCCUCCCCAGCUCUUUAUUUUG